AUACGCGGCGUCAAUAUGGCCGCUGUGGAAUGUUUUUAGAGAACGCUGACACUUUGCAGACGAGCCAAAAAUCGGAAGUUUUCAGCUAUUUAGAGUUCUGAAUUCGCAAACAUGGCAACCGGCGGUGGUCGCCAAUUUAUGAAAUCGGCAUCCACUGAUCCAAAACCAAGAAAAGCAUGGCAGAGGUCAACAAGUGCAUCAGAUAAAGAUGAUAACAUCAGUAUACACAGUAUUCCAAAUGAUCUGCGACCAAACAAUUGGGAUUUUUCUGGCUGGAAACCUAAUCCUGGUGUAGAUAAUACUAAGCGUCGGAAGAAAGGCAAUCCAGAGAGAGAAAGAGAACAGUCCCUAUCAUUGGACUCUCCGCCCCCAUCUGAACGUCAGCAGCGCACCCCUUCAACCUUUCCUCGCACUCGCAUAACCCCAAGUACACCCACUUCUCAAAGAGUUGCGCUAGAAAAACUCCGCCAGCACAUGACAUUUAGUGAUUUAGAAGAUGGAAGUAAUGAUGGCGAGAGAAACAAUGAAAGAAAUGUUCUUGCACGUCGAGGCAAGCUGGAAAACUUCACCCGGCAAGACACUUCUAGUACAUCAGAAGGGGCUACAGCAGGGAAAGUGCCAGAGCUGCAGGGAGAACAUGGUCAUAUUGUCAGUCGACUGAUGCAGAUCCGGGAGUACAUUAAACAGGCCAACACAAUGAAGGAAGCUUUGUCCAAGUCUGGAUCUCCUACGGGUCAUCGAAAAGCGAGUAAAUUAGGACAGGUGAUUGCAUCUCUGCGAGAACAAGAGGCUUGCUUCAUGGACAUUCUGCAAGACUUCUGGUCAUUGAAAGAGGACAGUACAGCACCCGACUGGAGCAACCAGGGUCAAGAGACCCCCUUGGUCAUGGAGUCUGCCGAUGAGGAAGCAGGCUCUGUAGACCUGGAAGUGCAGUCAGAGACAUCCGAAGCUACUACACAAGAUAAUGAGACCAGCCCAUUAGCUUGGCGUCCACGUAUCGAGGACAAGCUAGGACUUACCGACGGAGAUGAAGACGAGAAUAACGACAACACGGAACGUACAGGUGGCGAUGGCUCCCCAGGGCCAGACAUGAUGGAUAACACACUGACUGCAAUUACAGACAACCUUGGUGGGGACUGGGACUACAUGCAUGAGGACUUUGAGCAUGAGGCAAGAAUGGAAGUGGAAGAGAUGAGAAAGAAUGAGGUCAAAUCUCUACGCCAACAACAAGAACUCCUUAAGAAGCUUGUUCACCAGCAGGAACAGAUGAAGGCAUUAAAGGGAAGACAGACUGCAUUAUUAGCCCUGCAACAAAAUGCGGAGUUAAAAUUAGCUGAAGCGAAAGCGGGUGAACGUUUAAGAGCUUUAUCAGCACCUGCAACCAAUACCAGUCAGAAUCAUAUGUCUGCGAGCCAAAAGCCUGUGAGCCAAGCCGUGGACAACAAUCCUCAGGCAUCCAGGAACACCACAGAAGGGCUUCCCGGCGAACUACAGGAGAUCAGGCAGCAUCUCAACUACCUACGGAAUGAACUCAAGGAACAGACACCAGAAACUGCUGAGAGACAAAGUAAUCCCGAGUUGGAGGCAGCUACUAAUGCUGCUGCCCUGGAGGAUAACCGACGCCAGCUACAGGACAAACUACUGGACCUUCAGUCCAAAAAACAGCGCAUGGACACCUUGCUACAGGAGCUACAGAAUCUGCGAUCACAGCGAUUUGAUGCUACUCUCAAUAACAUGCCUCCACUGGAGCCAGAAAUACCUGUUGCCGUGGCAGCCCCCGCACCCAACACCGCAUUGGCCAUGUUAGAGGAGAGUAAGACGGCUCUGGAUGAGGCAGGGAAUACAGAAUCCAAUGCACAGGAAAUCCUUGACAUUCUGGAUGCACAGGAAAAACUAAGAAAACUGCAAGAAGUGAAACAGAGGUUGAAUCAGCUGCGGUCCCUGGUACAAUACUACCAGAGUGAGACGACAGAAGGAGCAUCAGAGGAGAACACUGCCUUAGCCUUUCGGGCACAACUUGACCUCAUGGAAGAGAUGCACAACUUGGGAGUUUCUGGUCUGGCUGAAGGUGAGCCAGAGAGUCAACCAUUAGAACCUCCCUCUAGGAAACCCUACAGUAUGGCACCAUCAGCAGGAGCUGCUGCUGCUGCAGCUGCUGCUCAGUUGAAGUCAGAUGAGGACAAUCGCUCAGAGGACAGCAGAUCUUCCGAGUCGGAGUCCCACCUGUCCAGUCUCGGACCUUGGGGAGAUGAUCCUGAAAUUCAGGAAAAAGUCCAAAAAUUAAAGGAAGCAAAAGAAAAGCUGCGUCAGUUACAGGACCUGGUGUCUAUUGUUCAGCAGUCACCAGAUGGGGCUAGAGGUCUCCCGGACAGCUUGGCUGAACUUGCUGCCAGUCUGGAAUGUGAUGAGCCUCCCCCUGCUGAGCCUGAAGACCACCUGCUCUCUGACGGCGAGGUCCCAAUGUCUCAGACAGAAAGAGAUUCAUUGGAAGAAGCCAAGAACCAGUUAAGAGAAUUGGAGGCAUUGAAGGAUGAACGAAGACGACUUCUCACCAUUCAACAGGAACUCCAGGCUCUACAGGGACACUUUGCUGGGGUAUCUGAGAAAGGUGAGGAUGAUGAAGAAGAUGGGAAAACUGAAAUGAAAGAAAUAUCUGACCCAGCUGCUGAACAGGAUGACGAUGAAGAGGAAGAUGAAGAGGAUAAAGAAAACCAACGACCAAUUAGACUUAGUGCUCCUGUUGUCAAAUUCUCUUCGAAUGAUGAAGUGUAUGGAAAGAUGAGGAAGCAGAGGAUGAUGAGAGAAGAACUUCGGCAGAAGAAGCGAGAGCUGGAGGCUAUCAUGAAGAAGGACAAUGGCAACAAGAAACAUUACUCUAAAAACCAGGACAAUCAAAGUGACACAGUUUCCUACUCUACAGAUAUGUAUGGAGCCAGUAUGAGUGCUGAUGCUACGAUGGCCACCUGGGGGGGAUCUACAGUAGACAACCUGGAGAGUAUCACCGAGGACAACGAUCGACUGGACAGGGAGGAGGAAGAUGAUGAUGCUUACCCCAGUGAUGGAAUCAUCCAGGUAGAGGAGGAGGAAGAGGAGAAUGAUUCUGACAACAACACGUACACAAUAGAGGAGGACGUAAGACAGCGACGAGAAGCACGUACGCAGAGACAUGUGGCCACGGGGGCGUCACGGGCACAGGACAAGAAACGGCGCACAUUUCCAAGGGCUCGAAAAGAUCCAAAAGAUGGAGCAAGACCUAAACAAGGAAGCUGGUCAAAGAAGGCCAAACAAGGAAGGGUCAAACAGGAGAACUUCCGUUCCCCCCAGGAGUUAAUGCAGGACGACUCCCCAGAUGGCAGUAAGCUGCUGGACACAUCAGGCAGUCAGUACGAAGCCCUACAGUUACAGCUACAGAGGACAGCCUCAAUGUGUCAGACACUGAUGGGUGUGGACCAAAGUCAGAAUCUCCCCGGUAUGGGACUGCUGCAGACCAGUGCCAUGCCUUCUCCAGGCUUUGGUUACAGGGCAGGUGCAAUGCCUGACUUGUUUCAGCAGCAAAUGCAGCAGCAGCAGUUGAUGAUGAACAUGAGCCAGUGUCUACAACAGAUGUCUAUGCAGCAGAUGGAGAUCCAGAAUCUCCAGAGGCAAAUCCAAGGCUUCACACCAGACGAGCUCCGUCUGCGUUCUCUCACUUCGCUCUCUGCACCUGUAGAUAGUCGUGGUCUGUCACCUAACAUUGGAGCGCUGCCUCGACCAGACAGCUUCAGUCAACCCCCACUAAGUUUUCUCCAGCGAAACAGCAUGGAUAAUCUUCUCUCUGGGCAGAUGUUGAGUGAGGACAAUGUGUUUGAAUCUGACAGACGUUUAGGUGAUGGCCUGACUCCGGGAGAACAGAACGAGAGGAGCAGGUCUUUAGGAAGGUCUUUCAGUACACAGAGCACUGGAAGUAAGCAGAGGGCACACACAGAGCGUCUGAUGUCACGCAGGAAUGAAUCUCUACAACAGACUAGCAGAGUUAACGAGUCAAUACCCUCACAUCCAAUCUCUCAGGCUAGAAAGAAGAAAAAACCAGCCAGUAACCAAAGAGAGUGGUCACAAGCCUCGGGUAGUAAAGAUGGAGGUGCUGCACUAUACACAGGCAACACUUCCGAUAUCCUCAACUCUCUAACACAGCGAGUGAGGCCAACUGGCCAAAGAGCGAGUCAGCUCGGGGAGAGACCAGGCCUCAGUGCCGGGAUCAGUGGGGCAGGCUUUGGGGACGAGGGCAGUAUUGCCAGUACCCUUUCCAAUAGACCGCAACGAGAGGCAGCUGCUGGUCGCAAGAAAGAGUCCAGGGAAGUGGACGAUCCUGGCGACCUGACUCUGUUUGAAGCUCUGAGAGAAUCUAUUUAUGCAGAAGUAGCCACUUUGAUUUCACAAAACGAGAACAGACCUCACUUCCUUAUCGAACUCUUUCGAGAACUUCAGAAGCUCACCUCAGAUUAUCUGCGACAGCGUGUUCUGUACUCGAUCAAACACCUGGUGUCCAUGUUCCUUACAGAACAGAGUGCUGGUCCUUUGACUGCAAACACCGAUGAGCCACUGCCUGCUUGGAUGAAUAGUGCUGGCGUAGGUACAGCCUCGGAGCUCACCCCUAGUGAGAGUAAUCUAACCACAGAUGACGAGGAAAUCACGAUGCAGUUACGAGACCUGACAAUUGAGAAACGACGUGCCCUGGCUAGAGGAGAGUCCCUACAGAAUGACCAGUUUGACUAUGUGGAGGCUGCUGACUAUGACAGCAGUCUGUCCACUCCCUCCACCAGUUACUGGGACAACCCUUUCUCUCAGGACCUGGGCGACACCGUCAUCCACCUAGAUAAGGCACUUAAGAAAAUGAGAGAAAAUGAAUCCAAGCAGGCGGCUACAGAAAAAGCUUGGCUGGAUAGCAAGAAACAGAAACCAGAGCAAGCUAGGCCAUCUCGUCCCGUUUCUGAGCCAACCAGUAGUUCUGCUGUGGACCAGGGUAGUGAGAGUUCAGUCUCUUCCACAUCUUACUCAAGAAUCGAUACUCAAGAACUGAACAAGCAAAUAAAGAUGAUCAUGAAGGAAGUAAUUCCGGUGAUUAAGGAACAUAUAGAUCAUGUGUGUUCCUAUGAACUGUUGGCCUACAUCAAACGUCUUGUGCUCAGUCUCACACGGCAGUAUGACAGCAGUCAGUAUGCCACCUUCUUCCACGCCCAGCUGAGCUCUGCACUGCAUGAUACACUCAGCAAGUUUGAAGGAAGAAAAUUAAGAAUGUGUGGGGAAGACCUGUUGGUAGACAUGUCCGAGGUCCUGUUCAAUGAGCUGGCGUUUUUCCGACUGAUGCAAGGUCUGAGCGAGAACCCUGCAACAGCGAGUCAGCAACAAGUACAGUCUUCAGGCACACAGACGAGGGAGGAAGCAGACCAGUCUGUGGAGGAGGAAGAUACACAGACCCAGGAGUCUGACACGACCGAGAGUACAGUAACUGAUGACGACGAUAGUGAACAGGAUCCCUCACUUCGCCUUAACGCUGCCGAAGAGGAAGAGCUUGGCAAGUUGAGGGAUGACGAGUUUGCCAGUGAGGUACAGAUUCAGGAUGCUGAUGACAAGGAUGAUGACACAGCAUCUCCUUACAAGGCAGUCCAGAUAGAGCUGGCUGUCAGUGAAACCAAGCCCUUCACACGAAUUGGAAGUGAUGAGGAUGAUGAAGAUGCGGACGAGUCACAGAGUGCUGACGACCCUUCAGAGACUGCAGUGUCACGUGACGCCAUGAUGGAAAAGUCACACUCCUUGGAAGAUGGAGAUGAUCUUGAAAUGCCUGAAGAGGAAACGCAAGUCAGCGAUGCCAAUGAAGGAGAUGCUGACCAGGGUGCCAAUACUGUAGGAGACAGUACUGGAGACAGAGACAGUGAGGGAGGGAUCAGGAUGAAUGGAGAGGUGUUACAAAAUGGAGAAAUGACCAUAGAUGACCUUCCAAAUUCCUUGAACUUGGCACCAAUGGUUGACAUACAGAACAAGAUGUCAGAGGAACAGCAAAACAACUCCAGUGUGGAGGCUGUCUUAGCCAGUAUCAAUGUCCCGGAGGAGUUAGCCGGAGAUGGUCAGUCUCUCAAGGAACCAGGUCCCCCCACCUACCCGCCGAUGCAUGAUGCAACAGUUAAGGAUAUGUAGACUUUAUUUAAACAGCUUGUGUCUCGUGUUAUAGGCAGCAACUGUCAAGUCUUCAUUUGUGAUAAUGACUCGGUACCAAGUGGACGGGUUUGUAGUUUUGAGUCGCGGAAUCUAUUGUGCCAUCAAAUGGAAAGUCCAAGGUGUAGGACAUUCCUGGACGGCUGUGAAAUUGUGUCUCAUACGUAUACAGGCACUGUGAUUCUUAUUUAUCCACACAAGUUUCUUGUUCAAAAUUAAUGGAUUUAAAAAGUGACUUUCGUAUUCCAAUAUUAAGAGUGUGUAAAAAUAUUAUUGAUACAUUGUUGAAAUUGUCGAUACUAUACUUGUUGUGAUCGUUAGUAUCUGUUGAGUAUGCUGUGUAGCAAUUGUUUGUGAACGGUGAUUUAUUUGAAAGAUGUCUCGUUACUUUUGUUUUCCUGUUAAUUUUCACUGGGAAAAUAUUAUUAUUAUGAUGAUUAAUAUUUACAAAUGAAGAUGACAAAAAUACAUACAGCAUAUAUCAUAGAAUUUCUUUAAAAAAAUAUUUGCUCGAUUCCGUUACGACAACAAAGAUGUAAGCCCAGGUAAUGUCAGAAGUUCAGCUGCACAUUCCUACUAAUUAUAGCUUAGUAAUAAGGUAGUGAAACAACAUAUACAUGUAUGUAACUUGUGUACAAAUAAAACCCUUACAUGUACAUCACACGUUAGAUAUUGAGCCUUCAUCUCGUAAUGAAAAUAUUUCAGAUCUUGUCUUUUUACUGAGGCAGGAUCCUAAUCUUCAGAACUCAGUUAUAUUGACAUUUUUUCCUGAGGGCAAAGCUUGAGGGCUACAACUGUACAAUUGUGUGUGCCUGUAACUUGAGUGUUUUAACAUGCUCAACAUGUGUAAACCAAAUUAUUUUGAUGUAACCAAGAAUCUAUGCAAACAUGUAUUUAUUUUUAUCUAGUAUAAGAACCUGUCAUUCUAGAUAUUAUUUUUAAAACAAUCCAUGCAAGUGAAGUGAUCAAAAUUUUCUUUCUUUAGAGAUGAUGUCAAGUAAAGUUUUAAUGUUUUUGUGAUAUUUGUAAUGAAAUUGUAAUAUUAUGACAGAAAUCUAUGUAUAUUUUUUACAGAUUUCAUUGUCAUGUUUUACAACUAAGAAUGUACUGAUCAACUUAUGAUUAAUAGAUACAAAUGGUGUGGUCUUUUGGCUGAUAAUUGUCCACAGGUAUACACGACCAGACGUUUUAGAAUGACCGACUAUAAACUUCUACAUACCAGAUUUAUGUCGGAGAGAAUGUGUAGAAACUAAUAUCUGCACCUGGUCCAGUCACAAAUGAAAUUUCUCACCUGUUAGUUAGUUAGUGCAUAAUCACAAAGAUUUAUGUUUUAAAGAUCUGAAAUACAUUAAAUGAAACAAAUUGUAUUUAGUAUCCUCAGAUCUAGGGUCAAACUAGACCAAGUGAUAACUGUGAGGUAGGGUAGACAUUCCACAAUAUGAUGACUGUUGUUAGUGUGUUGUCCAUCUGAUGUUUGUUGUACAUGUGUCUUCAAAGUGCUUCGUUAAGUCCGUCCACAGACAGCCAAAUUCUGCCGAUAGGCUGUUUACUACACACGAAUAUGUGGAGAUUUUUCCAAUGUUGAUCAGAUGCCGGUACAUGAAAUGAUGUCCACACUGCUUGGUCUGGGUGGGUGGGGAAUCCUAGAAUAACCUCAUUUUUGUUUUAGAAUUACGGAAGGAAAAAAAGUUUCAGUUCAGUUCUCAAAUAGGUAACCGCAUGUGAUAAGUAAGUAUUCCCUGUUUUCAUAGAAGCUCUGUUUCUCUAGAUUUCCCCCCAAGCUAUUUCACAGUAUGACAAUGCUUUAUUUUACAUCUGAAACUUUCUCUAGCAAUUUUCCAGAACCGUAAUCUAUUUGAGAACUGAAAUGAUAUUUCUUUUUGUGUUGUGAUAUUUUCUGAUUUGAGUGACCUAGAACUGUACUGUACUGAUCUAAUGACAACUGGGAAUUAUAUAGCGAUGUGCUUGCUGC